CCUGGCACCGCCGCUGUUCCCAUUCUCAGAUAACAGUAAAGACUCGUUGCUGGUAAAGGAGUACUUUUAAACUGUUGGCACUCACGCGCAGCCAAAUCUAUCCUGUUUUCACAAAAAUCCUUGCCCACAUGUGCGCUGAAAGGGUAUCUCUGGUAGCAUAGGGAGCCUUCUCAUAUGAGCGGACGACCUCAUAUCACUCCCAUUAGCUGCCUUGUGUUGGCGCACCUGCCACUUUAUUGAUCCUCACUCCAGCAGUUGCAUUUUUCCCAUCUCUUCCAUAACGAAGAUCGGUCAUGUAUAUUUCGGCGUUAACCCUGAGGGUUACCUUGGCAGUUACUAUCACAGCCUUCAUUGGCAGCGUGUCCGCUGGCGACUUGGGUCCCGCUUCGAACACUCUCGCAACGCCAACGUCAACGCCGACACCGACCUCUCAAACUAUUACAUUUUCCCUGGCUGGCCCAGAUUCUGACGCAAAUGACGAAGAUACCGGGGAAUGCAGGCUUCUAGGCCCCUUCUCUCUUCUGGUUCAAGUCGCUCUCGGAGCGUUGGCACUGUUAUCCCUUGUCUAUAAGAGAUGGAGAGAAAGGCCUCAACGGCCCCUGAAAGUAUGGGCAUUUGAUGUUUCCAAGCAAGUCUUUGGAUCGGCUAUGCUGCAUCUGGCGAAUUUACUCAUGUCCAUGUUCUCGGCUGGUCAACUAGAAAUCACGAGUAAAUAUAGGCCGAAUCCAUGUUCGUUCUACAUAUUGAACUUAGGCAUCGAUACUACUCUCGGGAUACCGAUCCUCAUCUUCAUUCUCCACAUUCUCAAUCGUCUGGCUCUUUAUACACCUCUCGCAGAUCCUCCCGAGUCAAUAAAGUCUGGGAACUAUGGUCGUCCACCACGUGCAACCUGGUGGUUCAAGCAGUCUAUGAUAUACUUCGUGGGGCUUUUGGGAAUGAAGAUAUGUGUCUUCUUCCUCAUCCAGUUGUUGCCAUUUAUCGUUAAGGUGGGCGAUUGGGCUCUGCGGUGGACAGAGGGUAACACAGCCGCUCAGAUUAUCUUUGUGAUGCUACUCUUCCCGGUCAUCAUGAAUGCGAUCCAAUAUUACAUCAUCGAUAUAUUCAUCAAGAAACCGUCGCAUGAAUUGAUAGAGGAAAGUGAGGCUGGCGACAUCCAAGACAAUAGACAAGAUUACCAUCAUGCGCUGUUGGCUGGAUUAGAAGAGGAGAUCGUGUCAGAAUCGGAAGAUGAUUCUGUUGGAAAGGGCGCUGGGAAAGGACUAAUGGGCUCUCAGAAGGAUAUCGGAGGCCUACUCGAGUCUACCGAGUAUCAUCCAGGGAUGGAAACGGAGUACAGUUCUGCAUCAUCAGCAUCUGCGAGUCCCCGUAGCGGACGUGUUGAUGGCGAUCAGACGUUGUCGUCAACGAAGCUUGCAACACAACAAAAAGGUCACGACUAGCCUAUGUUUCUAACACGGUGUUUUGAGACGGCGUUUGCGAUUGGUGGUUGUCAAUGAUUGUUAUUCUUAUGGUUCCAUAUGUAUGAGGUCGGAAUUGGUUGGUUUUGUUUUAUAUUACGCCCUUUUUUGUUCAUAUUGCCUCCUCUUCUUUCCAACGAUUGGAGGAAUCCCGUUUGAGUCCGUAGAUUAUUUUAAGUUACAUGCAAAGGUUCUUGUCUGUUUCAGGAAUUCCUUAAAAUUUGCACGUCAGAGGAAGCGUCUACCCAGCCCUUUGGUGGGUUGUCAGUAAACGCUGCUACCAGAC